AUGGAUGGAAUAGAAACUGUAGCUGAUGAACAGUUGAAAGAUGGUGUGGACAAUUGCAGUUCCAAAUUGAAGCUCAUAGAUGAAGAUGGAAUAGAAACAUUAGCUGAUGAACAGUUGAAAGAUGGUGUGGAAAAUUGCAGUUCCAAGUUGAAGCUCAUAGAUAAAGUUAAAAAUGUUGAGCAACCUAAGGAAAGGAUGCUAUUUGGCUCCAUAGAGGAACUUCAUGAGUAUUAUAGGAGUUAUGUAAAGCAAGAGGGUUUUGGUGUGUUAGUUGACACAAAGUGGUAUGUGACUUGUGUAACUAUUGCCUAUAAUCAUGCUUUAAGCCCUGGAAAAGCAAGAUAUUUUAGAAGCCACAAGAUUUUGGAUCCUUGUACGAAGCGAAAGCUUGAGAUUAAUGAUAGAGCUGGGAUACGCAUGAACAAGAUCUAUAACUCGCUAGCCGUUGAAGCGGGAGGAGGUGCUACAGCAUUGUAUGACUACUUUUGUAGAAUGCGGAAAGCUAAUGAUGAUUUCUACUUUGAUAUUGACAUGGAUGAUGAAUGUAGGAUGAAAAAUGUGUUUUGGGCUGAUGCACGAAGUAGGGCAUCGUAUGAAGUUUUCGGGGAUGUAGUUACAUUUGAUACAACAUACUUGACGAAUAAGUACGAAAUGCCAUUUGCUCCUUUUGUUGGAGUAAAUCAUCAUGGUCAAUCAAUACUUUUUGGGGCGGCAUUAAUCUCAAGUGAGGACACAACGACAUUUGUAUGGUUGUUUGAGGCAUGGUUGAAAUGCAUGAAGGGCCGAGCGCCAAUGGCAAUUAUUACAGAUCAAUAUAGGGCUAUGAAAAAUGCAAUUAAUAAGGUCUUCCCGAAUGCCCGACAUAGAAUUUAUUUAUGGCACAUAUUGGAAAAACUUCCAGAGAAAUUUGGAUCACAUUCACAGUACAAUGCCAUUAAGAGUGUCAUACGAAGUUGUGUGUAUAAUUCUCAGACAUGUGAUGAGUUUGAUGCAAGCUGGCAGAAUUUACUUAAGAGUUAUAAUUUGGAGGAUAAUGCAUGGCUGCUUGAUUUAUACAAGGAACGAACUUUCUGGGCACCGGCAUAUUUGAAAAGUGUAUUUUGGGCCGGCAUGACUACCACACAAAGGAGUGAAAGUAUAAAUUUAUUUUUUGAUGGUUAUGUGCACUCGUCAACCUCUUUGAAGGAAUUUGUGGAUCAAUACGAUAACGCUUUGCGAAAGAGGGUUGAGAGUGAGAAUGUUGCUGAUUUCAAUUCUUUUAAUUCCACGGUUCAGUGUGUGAGCAGAUUUUCCUUUGAGAAGCAAUUUCAAGAACUUUACACGCAUAACAAGUUUAAAGAAGUUCAGGAGGAGAUAAGGGAGUUGAUGUAUUGUAAUUGCUCUCUUCUAAAAAGUGAAAGUGGAAUUUGUGCAUAUCAAGUGAUUGAACGGGUACAAAUUAAUAGCUCCUACAUGAAGAAAUUAUGCUUUACCGUUUACUAUAGUGAACCUUCAUGUGAAGUGAAUUACAGUUGUUGUUUGUUUGAAUCAAGAGGAAUUUUGUGCAGACAUGUCAUAUCUGUACUAAGCAAACUUGAUGAUGUUUUGUUAUUGCCAGAAAAAUAUUUUUUAAAACGAUGGAGGAAGGAUUUGAAGCAGCCAUAUAAGUUAAUCAAAAGUAGUUAUGAUCAUUUGAGUGGCAACCCUAGUGCAGAUCGAUAUGCUGAAUUGUGCAAAUAUAUGUGUGCGUUAGCUGCAAUUGCAGCACCAAACGUGGACCAUUACACGGAAUUGAAGAAUGAUAUUGAUGUGCUAACUAAGAAAUUUAGUGAUCUAAGUUGUGUACCAAGUCCACCUUUCCAAUUACUCCCAAGUGCAUCUACAACCGGUAGUUUGGCCAUUGAUUGUACGGCGGUGGAGAUUCGUAGUCCUCAUGUGGCUCGAACUAAAGGGAAGCGAGUAUCAAAUAGGACGAUGUCUACAGUUGAAAAAGCGGUUGUCAAAAAGGCAGGAGGAAACAAGAAGAAACAGAGUGACACAAAUCCCAAUCAACAGUAUCCAUUAUUUGCACAUAUUUGA